CAUCUACGGUUCAAGUACCGGAAGUAUUCUUUGUUAUUAUUGUUGCAGAUGUAAUUUGACAGUUCCCCCAAGAAGAAGCCCAGUGAUUCACAAUGUUAACAAUCUGAAAGUGCAACAAACCAGGAAAUUACUACCGCAACUUCCUUCUUAGACUGCCAAUUACGCCUUUCUAUUUAAAAAACAUAAAAAUGCCACCGUACAGGCCAACGCCGAAUCGUAGCGGAUACACUUACGUUAGUUCUUGUGUGAAAUAUUUGAUUUUUAUACUCAAUUUUGUAUUUUGGCUGCUAGGUGGUCUACUUAUUGGUAUUGGGUUAUAUGCGUUUCUUGAUAAAGUCCAAUUAAAUGGUUGGGUGCGUUUGGAUACAGUUUACGAUGUAAUACUCAACGUUUCUUUGGUUAUGAUAAUAACAGGAGGAGUUAUUUUUAUCGUCAGUUUUGCAGGAUGUGUUGGGGCUUUAAGAGAAAACACAUGUUUGCUCAAAUUUUAUUCAUUAUGUUUAUUAAUAUUUUUCUUAUUGGAAAUGGGCAUUGCAAUUGUUGGAUUUGUUUUUCCACAAUCUAUGCAAUCCGUGUUAGAAGAAAACUUUACUGAUAACAUAAUUCGAACGUAUCGUGACGAUCCUGACUUACAAAACUUUAUCGAUUUUGCGCAACAGGAAUUUCGUUGUUGCGGUUUAAGCAACGAAGGUUACAUGGAUUGGUCUAAAAAUGAAUAUUUUAAUUGUAGUUCGCCAAGUGUUGAAAGAUGUGGGGUUCCAUUUUCGUGUUGUAUAAAUGCUACUGAUAUUUCAUCUGGAUUGGUUAAUAUUAUGUGUGGAUACAAAGUUCAAACACAUCCUGUAAAUGUCGCUGAGGCGUCUAAAAAAGUAUGGACAUCCGGUUGUAUUGAAACUUUUCGUUUGUGGGCGGAACGAAAUCUUUAUACAAUUGCAGGAAUAGCGUUAGGUAUAGCUUUAUCACAGUUGUUUGUGAUUUAUUUGGCAAAAACGUUGGAAAGCCAGAUAGAAAUGCAAAAGGCAAGGUGGGUCAGUUGAAGUUACGCUUCAAGGGGCGUUGGGUCCCACGUGUAUGUGUAAAUAAUAAAGAUCCCUUUAGCAAUGUAAACUUCGUUUCGUCCUAUGUCUGUUAUCUUUGUAAAAUGUAAUAUCUGACUGAAAAAUACUUUUUGGACUGAUGAUGAUCUUUGAGAAGAUUUUAUGUGUUGGACAAUUUUUUUUAUACGAACUUGAAAGGUGCUUGCUUUUGUUUUGUAAUGUUUUUAUGCAGGUUAAGGUUUGAAAAUAUUAUCUUAAUGGAAAGAAACGAAAUGAUUUAUUUGUAUAAAUGUUUAUUUUAGGUUCGUAUAAAAAGAAGUCAAUUAUAGGAAUAUUUGACCUAAUCAUUAGAUUUAUUACGUUUUUUUUAUAAGCAAAUGACACAUUUUCUAUCUUUGAAAAGUGUAAUAUUACUCAAUUUUUUAUAAUCACUAAAUCUAUUUAAUAAUAUUUAUAAGUUAAAUGAGAAAAGAAAUUUUUUAAGGAAUUAUAGGGCUUCUACACCUAGUCUAAAUAAAUUACAAAAAUUUUAAAUAACGUUACUAAAAAAGUUUUUUUAAUUAUUAUUAUUAUUAGUGUAAUAUUUUUAUAAGAAAAAUUAGUGUAUAUCACCUUUGAAGUUUUCUCAUUCUAAAUUUAAUUAAUUUCCUUGGGUUUCCUGCUUAUUAUGCAAAAUCAGUGCCAAAUAACCUAACAGAUUUACAAUAUUAAUUGUUUAUUAUUUCAUUUCUAACCAUUUUAGCUCAAGGAAUUCGAAACAGUCUGCGUAUACGUAUCACUCAAUGUCUAAUAAAAAUGAUGGUUUUUACUAGUAAUAA